AUGGGUGUUGAUUAUUACAAAGUGCUAGGCCUUGAGAAGGGAGCUAGUGAAGAUGAUAUUAAAAAGGCUUACAGAAAAAUGGCAUUGAAAUACCACCCUGACAAGAAUAAGUCUCCCAAUGCAGGGGAGAAAUUCAAGCAGGUUGCCGAAGCUUACGAGGUGCUGAGUGAUCCGAAAAAAAGGGAGAUUUAUGACAUGUAUGGCGAAGAGGGUCUUAAAGGUGGGAUCGGCGGUCCUAGUGGCCGUACUGAAGGCGCUACUUUCACUUUUACCAGUGAUCCUCGCGAGACCUUCCGAGCAUUCUUUGGCACAGAUGAUCCUUUCAGUACCUUUAUGAGUUUUGGCAGUGGCAAUAGAGGGACAGAAUUCAUGGAUGUUGAUAGCGAUAUAUUUAAUCGAGGUGGACUAGGGGGGAUAUUUAUGAACGCAGGAGGUGGUGGUGCGCCGCGCAGUCGACGAACUCAGGAUCCGCCUAUUCAUCACGACCUAAGCGUAUCUCUAGAGGACGUGCUUUAUGGCACCACUAAGAAGAUGCGCAUCACACGGCGGCGUAUGGACGGUGGUACAGAGGAGAAGGUACUCACCAUCGAAGUACGCAAGGGUUGGAAGGCGGGCACACGCAUCACCUUUCCCCGCGAGGGUGAUGAGCGUCCCAACACCAUCCCCGCCGACAUCAUUUUCACUGUUAAAGAUCGCACGCAUAAGUAUUUCAAACGCGACGGCGCUGACGUCCGCUACACUGCAAAGAUCGGUCUGCGUGACGCUCUGUGUGGCUGUCAGAUUCAAGUGCCCACCAUUGAUGGAAGGAGGGUACCAUUGAAGGUGGAAGACUGUGUCAUCAAACCCGGUACUACCCGCCGGGUCAGCGGCCAAGGUCUGCCCUAUCCUAAGGAGCCUAAUCGUCGCGGUGAUAUAAUUGUUGACUUUGAUAUUGUUUAUCCGGACCGCUACUUAAAGCCCAUUUGUGCGCUUUCCAUUAGCACUAUUCAGUACUCGUGGGACGGGUGCUUGCGACGGAAACGUCGACUAGCCAUGAUUUUCACUAUAUCUAUGUUUUUCCUUUUUUAUGCUUACAAUAAUAUGAUCGCGCUUACUUCCAGCGCGCUUCCAGAUGCAACAUUACCAUCUAAGAAUCGUUAUGCAAUUGUUGUUGAUGCUGGCAGCAGCGGUAGCCGUCUGUUUGUUUACUGCAUUCCAUUUCACAAUGACGGCGAUGAUACCCUAACUUCUAUAACCUUAUGUUUGGAUGAUCAAAAGAAACCUCUAACGAAAAAGGUUACGCCAGGACUUUCCUCUUUCGCCUCUGAUCCCCCUGCCGCUCAACUCUAUGUUACCAACCUGCUUUCAUUUGCUGCCCAAAACAUACCGAAAAGAUUCCAUCCCAUAACUCCCGUAUACAUUCUUGCUACUGCUGGAAUGCGUCUUUUAACCGAUGGGCAGCAAGAUGACAUUUGGAUCGUGGUUCGGAAGACGGUAAAAAGCGAAUUUAAUUUUAAGUUUGAUGAUUCUUGGGCCCAAACCGUUUCCGGCUAUUUCGAAGCCUUGUUUGGGUGGAUUACUGUAAACUACCUACUUGGUAACUUUGCUGACCCUUCCCAUCAGACUGCAGGUAUGCUGGACAUGGGCGGAGCGAGUAUGCAAAUUGCCUAUGAGGUGCCUUCUGAGAUGCAUCCGCCCAAGGACCUCAUCCUCCCAUUCACCAUUGGUAGCAAACAUACCUAUAAUGUCUACGUUAUGACCUUCCUCGGUUACGGUACUCAUGCCACGAAAAGUCGGUCCAGCGGUGGACUCUAUGAUGAGAAGCUAGUUACUUUAUUCCAGUACCGUAUCUUACCUUACAGAUACAAGUCUUCUCUUCUACACAACGCCAUGGAAUACUCACAGUUCUCAAGUCUUUUAAAAUUGCGGUAUCGGCCUUCCACUGGCUACAUCAGGCCACCAAAGCUCGCUAACCUCACCAUCUAUUUGCACUACACCACAAGCGGACAGGAGAAGUUUAUUUUUCUUGACCCCUGCCUUCAACCGGGCUUGGAAGACACCUUAAAUCCACGAGACCUGAGUCUUUCAAGGACUCUUUUAGCCACGGGAAAUUCUUCCACUCAUACAAUCACUUUCCUUGGCACUGGAGAUCUCUCACUAUGCAUCGCCUACCAGAAGGCUCUGCUGCAGAGGCACAAGCCCUGUCGUCUGGACCCAUGCUCAAUGAACGGCAUCCACCAACCUCCAGUGAACUUUGAGGGUAUUCAAUUCUACGCGAUGUCAGAGUACUGGUAUACUUCCUCGGACCUUCGCACUGGUUUCUCGAAGCCUUAUGAUUUCAACACGUUCAAUGCUUCUGCUUCUGUAAGUUCUAUUCACCUUCUUCCUUUUUCGCAUCCUUUCGUGGUUGCUUUUCGGCCAAUUAUGUUUCCCUUGAGGAGAGUUUUACAAAAUUGCCUCUCUCCUAGGGCCGUGUGUUUCAAGGCUUCGUGGAUCAUUAACGUUUUGCACUCGGGUUUUGGAUUUCCUCUAACCUAUGCCAACCUUCACCCUAUCGAAAAAUUGUCAGGCAUUGAGGUGCAAUGGAGCCUGGGCGCUUUCAUCUACUACGCGCAACUACCUGAGUUCGAGCUCCUGCUAGCCAAAGAACCAGAUCCGGUGGUGGGUUUUACGCAUCGUCAGACUACCGCAUUCUUACUCCUUCUUUUCUUCUUCGCUUGUCUUUCCAUCUCCGCCUAUUGCAUCUACUGUCGAAGAAGGCGCCAGCGAUUUGACUUUGUCGGGAAUCACAGCGCUCCUCGCUGCACCACUGCCCUCCUCCUACCCUUCAAGCAGUUUUGGCGCUCUCCGAAGCUAGUUAACAAUGGCGUUGUCCCUGGGGUUGCUGGGAGCGGUAGUGGUAUCGGUGGCGGAGGUAAAAGAGUUCCUGCUAGUAAUUACCAAUACGUGAUGAUCUCCUCCCCCAGUCUGCAUGUGAACUUCCGUCCCUCCAACUCCCUCCCCUCAUUCGAAAACUUCCAACCUGGGAAAGCGGAUCCCCCGACGAACAGUACUGUUUGA